AUGCGCGAAUUCAACCUCGACAAGCGCAGGCCGGUGCACAUGCACGACCUGCAAGAGCCAGUACAGCUCACGUCCAGGUCCUGGUCCUCGACGACGUCGGGAUCGAAAUUCGGCGGGCGAGACAUGCAGAAGGAGACCAGAGCAACGGCGGGACACUGCUUGACUGGCUCGGCCGGUUAG